AUGAGUUCCAGAGCUCUAAGGAGGUUAGAAAAACAGAGGCUUGAGCAGGAGGUGAAUCGGGAAGACCAUGUCGAAUCUGAAGACGAUGUCUUGCCCGUUGAGGCAAAGGCGAAUGUAUUCGCCUUAUUGAACGAAGAAAGUGAAGAAGAAGAAAAAGAAGAAGAGAAUGAAGAAGCCAAGGAAGAAGAAUUUAAAAAGGUGGUUGUCGAAACGAAAUCAAAGAAAAGCAAGAAAUCGAAAAAGAAAAAAGCAUCUAAAAAGAAACAGGAGAUUGCUGAUAGUGAUGAAGAACUUGAUAGAAUCCUAGCAGAAGCCAGGAAGAAGGAUCAACAGAAGCUUGGUGAUUCUCGAGAAUCCUCGGUAAAGCCCCAAAUUGGAGAAUCUUACGAAGAUAUUUAUGAUUUUGAAGAAGAAUUGGACAUGGAACCAACGCCUAUAGCUGAAUACGAUUCUAACUUCAAGUUUUUUACAUCCAAAAGGCUCAAGGACUCAUUACCACUAUUGUCAAUAGAUAGUGUGAAGAACUUGGAUCCAGAUCAGGAAUUCCGUCACUUAUUUGGCAAUCUUUCUAUGGAAACUAUAGAAGAUGCCAAUACGACCACUUCGUUGGCGAUUUCUCCUGAACUCUUACAGCAAUUCAAGAAACUUGCUAGACUCACAAGAGGAUGGAGUGGCAGUGACAGACGGGGAGUUCCAGGUACGACGAGAAAGUUGCUUUUCACAAAAAUAAAGGAUGACUACCUCCCAACAGCAUUAAAGCCAAUGGGUAUGGAGGAGUUAAAGCCAGACGAAUGUAUCAAGUAUUUGGACUACAAAGAGGAUAGCGCUGAAAUUGAGGACUUAGAGGUCAAAAUCAGUAAGGAGGCUAACUUAGGAGUGAGAUAUUUCAAAUUCACCAAAGUAAAUAAUGUCCAGGAGAGAGUAGCAAAUACCAGAUUCUACGCAUCUGUUGUUAUGACACCCGAUCCAGAGUCGUUGAUGCAAUUGUUGCAACAAUACCCAUACCAUGCAGAGACUUUACUUCAAGUAGCAAUGGUCUUGCUUAGACAAGGAGAUAACAAAUCCAUGAGUAAUUCGUUAAUAGAAAAGGCACUUUUCGUAUUUGACAGAUCUUUGCACAAGAGAUUUCAUGAGAUUCUUUCUGAAGCGAAGACUGGACUCAUCAGACUUCCAUAUGAAGGUUUCUUGAACAGACAGUUCCAUUUGUGUCUUUUCAGAUACAUUAUUGCAUUGGGAGAGAGAUCUGCCUUCUUCACAGCUCUAAACUAUUGUAAGUUCUUGUUGUCUAUUUCUCCUGCCGAGGAUCCGCUAGGCGUUAGAUAUUUUAUUGACCAUUACGCCAUCAUGUCAGAGGAGUACAAGUACUUGGUAAGAUUAGCUGAGUCUCCUUUGGCUACUACGUACAACAACUGGUUCACUCCAGGUAUAGCAUUUUCAACUGUCUUGGCGUAUCUUAAGUUGGAAGACAAAGAGAAUGCCAGAAGGCUGUUGAAGUUAGCUUUCGAGAGACAUCCAUAUGUUGCAUACAAAUUGAUGGAAAACAUUGGAUUGGCAGUUGCAAAUGUGAACGAAGGGGAUAUUCCUUCUGAUGAAUUAACUUUGCUUGCUGGUGAAACCUAUCUCGUGAGAGCAGCUGCCAUCUGGAACCAACAGUCUGAUAGACAGUUCUUACAUGAUGAAUUAGAAUUAUUAUUCAAGAAAUCACCCGUAAAGAAGGCAACGGUGGGAUUCAAGUCUUCGAUCUUCGCCAUGCUUGGCAUGAGUACUGGUAAUCUCAAAACUGGUUUACCCUACAAUCUUAUCAGAUUUGCCAUUCUUUCAGGGGAGAAUAAGAUCAUGGCCAAGUUGCCCGAAGCUGUGUGGUCCAGAGAGGAUACAUUUGAAUACGAUCUUCUUCCACCGAAGAAUACAACGGUGGACUACAAUGAGUUCACGGGAAUCAUCAAUAAGAAGAGUGGAGUUGUUGAUUCAUUAAUCGACUACAUUGACCAGAAUCUCCUCGGAGCCAUUGUCCAGAAUAGAACGGCAGAUAACGAUUUUGAAGGUAUCUUACGACAAUUGGAUGAACAGGAAGGAAAUGAAGAGUAG